AUGUUUAGGUCUGGUAAAACUUUGUGCACUACAUUGAGCCGCCGUUUUGGUGCUGUGGAUGGUGUAGCAGUGGCUAACAAACAUAAAAUCUGCACUCUAGAGACAACUGUAAAUGAUAAAUUUAAGUUUCCGGCACGCUUGGGAACUGGCGAAAAGAGUGUAUGGGUUGAAUACAUUCAACUAGUAGCGGAUACUAAACCUGCAGUGAACCUCGGGCAGGGUUACCCGGAUUUUCAUGCACCAGAACAUAUAAGAAAGGCUCUAUCAAAAAUAGCUAUCAGUGAAAAUCCACUGACACACCAAUACACAAGAGGGUUUGGUCAUCCUAAAUUAGUACAAAAUCUAUCGAAAUUGUAUUCUCCAUUGGUGUGCAGAAAUAUUAAUCCACUGAAUGAAAUCCUGGUCACCGUUGGUGGAUAUGAAGCAAUAUAUUGCGCCAUUUUGGGUCAUGUUGAAGCAGGCGAUGAGGUUAUAGUUAUAGAGCCUUUCUUCGACUGCUACGAAUUUAUGAUUAGAAGCGCAGGCGGUGUACCGAGAUUUAUACCUCUUAAAUUAAAAAAAACUUGUGGCACAGUAACCUCUGCAGACUGGAUACUAGAUGAGAAGGAGUUAGCUUCUAUGUUUAAUUGCCGUACAAAAAUAAUUAUUGUGAACAAUCCACAUAACCCUACGGGCAAAGUCUUUACCUGUAAAGAGCUGAUGUUCAUAGCCAAUCUUUGUGAGAAAUAUAAUGUACUGUGCUUGGCCGAUGAAGUGUACGAGUGGGUGGUAUAUCCGCCUAAUGAGCAUAUAAGAAUGGCCACUCUGCCGGACAUGUGGGAACGCACAAUAACAGUGGGCUCAGCGGGCAAGACAUUCUCAGUAACCGGCUGGAAGAUAGGAUGGGCGUACGGUAAUUCAAAAAUCAUGCGCCAUCUGCAGAUUAUACACCAGAACUGUGUGUAUACUUGCUGUACGCCGAUACAGGAAGCGAUCGCACAGGCGCUUGACAUCGAACUAGCCCAACGUACUACCCCUAAAUUCUACAUGGAAGCUUUGGCUAAAGAACUUAAACCUAAAAGAGACUUUAUGGUGAAGACACUCACUGAGGUGGGCUUCUGCCCCACCAUAGCUGAAGCUGGCUACUUCAUCAUUGCGGACUGGCGUAACCUUGCUAGAAGAAUCGACUUAUCCACUGAAAAGGACAAAUAUAAAGACUAUCGCUUUACAAAGAAAUUUUCAAAGGAAUGUGGCGUAAUGACCAUUCCACCAAGCGCCUUUUACUCCCCACAACAUAAACAUCUUGGGGAGAACUUUGCCAGAUUUUGUUUUAUUAAGAAAGAUGAUAGACUGUCAUUGGCAGCAAAGCUUAUGAAGGAAUGGAGCGUGAAAAGAAAAUAG